AUGGAGUGGGCAGCUAAGAAUGCUGAACAGUUGAGUGCUAGCGCAAGUGUGGAUGUCAAGCCUGAGACACCACCAGUGGUUGUCCAAAAUGUAAACAGCCAGAAACCCACUCUGUCAAGCUGCUAUCGAUGUGGCUACAAAGGCCAUGUUCCAUCAACCUGCCGAUUUAAGUCAGCAAUUUGUCACGGGUGUAAAAAGAUGGGGCACAUACUUAGAGCAUGCAAGGCCAAAGGGAAGAGUGGCAAGCAAGAACACCGAGCAGCUGUAGUAGAACAAGAAUGGGAAUUACCUGAGGAUGGUGAACAGUCACAACAGUAUCAUCACUAUAUGACUCACAAAGUGAGUAAAGAGGAGAUAGUAAAUUCUUUGGAGUCAAACCAGAGGCUCUGGUUCACUCCAGUGAUGACAGAAGGAGAAACGCUUGACAUAGAAAUCGACACUGGUGCAUCAGUGUCACUGAUCAGUGAAGCUGUUUAUAGGCAGCUGUGCAAAAAGCAGCGCCCUGCAUUGCGUAAUACAGUUAUUGUCCUGAAGACCUAUAUAGGAGAAAAAUUUCUUUUGCUGGGGAGGAUCAUCGUCAAGGCAUCCAACCAGGUUUUGCGACUGGAUAGAGAGGAGCUGGAUGGUAUCCUGGAGCAGUAUGAGGAGGUAUUUAGAGAUGAACUAGAACUCCUUAAGGGUGUGGAAGUCAAAAUCCACGUAGAAGCUUAG